CGGCAGGGCGGGCCGAGCUGCGGCAGGCCGCGCCAGGCCGCUUCGCAGCCGCUCGUAGGGGCAGCCUCGGCCCCGGAACGGCCGAGGCGAGACCGCGGGAGCCGGGCGGGCGGGCUGAGGGGAGCCGCUCCGCCUCCCUCCGCCCUGUGCUCGCCGGCGCUCCUCCUCCUUCUCCUCUUCCACCUCCUCUCGGCGCGGAGAUUGGGGCCGAGCCGGGAGCGCCUGGGCCUGCCGUGGAGGUCCGCUCCGCCAUGCUGGCCGGCUGCCGGCGGGCGCUGCCGGCGGCGCUGGGCCGGGCGCUGCGGGUCCGAGCGGCGGGUCCGGGCCGCCGGGCCGUCAGCACCAGCUGGUGCCCGGUGGGCGCCGCUUUCGAUGCGAAGCAGCAGCAGCAGCAGCAGCCGCCGCGGGGCAGCGCGGCGGGCAGGGAGACGGGUCUGUUUGGUGUUCCAGAACUGAGCUGCCCAGAAGGAUUUCAAGAGGCACAGGACAAAGCAUUGCAACAAUCAGAACAGCUAGUCCAGAAGGCAUGUUCAACACCACCUGGGCCAGAGACAGUAAUGAUCUUUGAUCAGCUUUCAGAUGCCUUGUGCAGAGUAGCAGACUUGGCUGAUUUUGUGAAAAUUGCCCAUCCUGACUUUGCAUUUAGAGAGGCUGCUGAAGAAGCUUGCAGGAACAUUGGUACUGUGGUAGAAAAAUUAAAUACAGAUGUUGAACUAUGUCAGAGUUUGAGACGUCUGCUAGCUGAUGAAGUUGUUAUGAGUUCCCUAGAUCCAGAAACCAGGCGAGUGGCAGAACUUUUUAUGUUUGAUUUUGAGAUCAGUGGCAUUCAUUUGGAUGAAGAAAAGCGUAAAAAAGCAGUCAACCUCAAUGUCAGAAUAUUGGACUUAUGUAAUGAAUUUCUGACAGGAGCUCACCUUCCCAACAAGAUUGACAAAAAUGUUUUGCCAGAGCAUAUUCGAUAUAAUUUUACAGCUGAAGGCAAUUACUUACAAGUUGCUGGUCUGCAUGCUGAUUGUCCUGAUGAUCUGGUGCGAGAAGCUGCUUACAAGAUUUUUCUUUACCCAAACGCUGAGCAGUUGAGCCGUUUAGAAGAAUUGCUUGCUAGCCGAAACAGUCUGGCACAGCUGGUUGGGUACGACACCUUUGCCCACAGGGCUCUUCAGGGAACAAUGGCCAAAACUCCAGAAACGGUAACACAGUUUCUGGAGAAGCUUUCUGACCAGUUGUCUAAAAGAGCUCAAAAAGAUUUUGAAAUGAUGACAAAGAUGAAGAUGAAGCUGAACCCCCAGAAUUCAAAGCUGAUGCCGUGGGAUCACCCUUACUACAGUGGCGUCCUUCGUGCUGAGAGGUACAACAUUGAUCCUGGCUUGUACUGUCCAUUUUUCUCUCUUGGGGCGUGCAUGGAAGGUUUGAACUCUUUGUUCAGUCGGCUCCUAGGAAUCUCCCUUUAUGCUGAACAGACACAGAGAGGAGAGGUUUGGUCUGAAGAUGUUCGAAAGUUGGCUGUUGUUCAUGAAACUGAGGGUUUGCUGGGAUACAUCUAUUGUGACUUCUUUCAGCGACCUGAUAAACCACAUCAGGAUUGUCACUUUACAGUUCGUGGAGGCAGGCUAAGGGAAAAUGGAGAGUACCAGCUGCCUGUAGUUGUUCUUAUGCUUAGCCUGCCCCAUUCAACAAGGGGUGCACCAACGCUACUAAGUCCGGGCAUGAUGGAGAAUCUCUUCCAUGAAAUGGGGCAUGCUAUGCAUUCAAUGUUGGGAAGAACUCGGUACCAACAUGUCACUGGAACCAGAUGUCCUACUGAUUUUGCUGAAGUUCCCUCAAUUCUGAUGGAGUACUUUGCAAAUGACUAUCGAGUGGUUAACCAAUUUGCAAGGCAUUAUAAAACGGGACAGCCACUACCAAAAAACAUGGUGUCAAGACUAUGUGAGUCCAAAAAGCUGUGUGCUGCAGCUGAUAUGCAACUCCAGGUAUUUUAUGCUGCCUUGGACCAAAUCUACCAUGGGAAACAUCCUCUAAAAAAGUCAACCACAGAAAUUUUAAAGGAAACACAGGAGAAAUUUUAUGGGUUGCCAUAUGUACCUAAUACAGCCUGGCAGCUGCGAUUCAGUCAUCUUGUGGGCUAUGGUGCCAAAUAUUACUCCUACCUCAUGUCUAGGGCUGUUGCCUCCAUGGUGUGGAAACAGUGUUUUGCUCAGGACCCGUUUGAUAGGGCAAUGGGUGAGCGUUAUCGUAGAGAGAUGCUGGCACACGGCGGUGGAAAAGAGCCCAUACUUAUGGUUCAAGGUAUGCUUCAGAAAUCACCUUCAGUUGAAGAUUUUGUGGAUGCCCUUGUUUCAGACUUAGACCAGGACUUUGAAACAUUUAUCAUGGACUCAUGAAAAUGUUCAACAGAACUGAAUUCUUUUAUGGAAGAUUGCAUAUGUCUUCAUAAUCGUGGAUAAAAUACUGUUGUGACCUAGUUUUGCUUCUUGGUGAACACUUGUAAAAGUUUCGAUAUUCAUGUUGGUGGAACAGUAAUAAAUAAUUUCAUUGGA